AAUCCUUCCCCCUCUGCAAUUCCGGACAGGAACCCUUUUUAAUUUCUUCUAAAUUGAGGCGUAGGACCAAUUUCGCCAACACAAUCCGGAAUGGUCAACAUGGCGGCCGCCGUAAGGUGCCUCGGUAGAGUCUUGAUACAUCAUCAAAAGCAUGGUCUUUCCAAGAUGGCUUAUCAGACACCUCUUUAUCCUUGUUCUGUAUAUGUUCAGGUGCCCAGCAGACAUUUUGCUGCUGCUACAAAGCCUGCAAAGAAAACAAAAAAAGGUGUGAAAGACAAAGCAUCAGAUGAGAAAAAAGAUGAGAUAGAAAAAAUAAAGUCAUACUCCUUUAUGGAAGGCGAACCUGAGGAUGAUGUCUACUUAAAGCGCUUAUAUCCAAGACAGAUAUAUGAGGUGGAGAAAGCUAUUCAGUUACUUAAGAAAUUUCAAACUCUGGACUUUACUAAUCCAAAGCAAGGUGUUUAUCUUGAUUUGACACUGGAUAUGGCACUGGGGAAAAAGAAAAAAGUGGAGCCAUUUGCCAGUGUUCUUCGUUUUCCAUACCCAUUCAUUUCAGAAAUCAAUAAAGUUGCUGUAUUUACAGGGAAUGCAUCAGAGAUUAAAAUAGCAGAAGAAAAUGGAGCUGCAUUUGCAGGAGGAAUUAAUCUAAUUCAGAAGAUUUUGGAUGAUGAAAUUCAAUCAGACUUUUAUGUAGCUGUUCCAGAAAUAAUGCCCGAGCUUAAUCCAUUAAAGAAAAAGCUGAAAAAAAGAUUUCCAAAACUAACUCGAAAUUCCAUUGGCCGUGACAUCCCCAAAAUGCUUGAAUUAUUUAAAACUGGACAUGAAAUUAAGGUAGAUGAAGAAAGGGAGAACUUUCUCCAGACCAAAAUAGCAACACUGGAUAUGCUAAGUAACCAGAUAGCUGCGAAUCUGCAAGCAGUCAUCAGUGAAGUUUGUAAGCACAGACCACUCAGUUUGGGACCUUUCGUGGUACGAGCUUUCCUUCGUACUUCAACAAGUGAAGGUUUGUUACUAAAGAUCAAGCCAUUGUUGCCUAAAGAAGUAGAAACCGAAGAAAGUAACAAAGAAGAUGCCUAACAAUGUGAUAUUUUGAAAUUAUUUUCAGUGGAUUAAGAAGCAACAAAGAAAAUUAUAAAACUGUAUAUAAUUUCUACA